AUGAAUUCGUUUCAAUCCUCUCUCAUUCUUCUCCUCAUUCUUCCCUUCUUCCUUCAUGUUAUCUCAAUCCCAUCCUACAUCCCUAGGCUUUCUCUCCCCCAUCAAGUGAGUGUGAUUAGCUCAAUAGAUGGUUUUGACCUCUAUUACUAUACACAAUCACUUGAUCAUUUCAAUUUUGCACCCUCAAGCUAUAAUACCUUCAACCAAAAGUAUUUUGUCAACACCAAAUAUUGGGGCGGUCCAAAUUCGAGCCGCCCCAUUUUUGCAUAUCUUGGUGCCGAGCAGCCACUCGAUGCCUCCGGCAUCAACUCCAUUGGCAUCAUCAAUGAUAAUGCCCCUCGUUUCAAGGCUCUCUCUAUUUUCAUAGAGCACCGUUAUUAUGGAGAAUCAAUUCCAUUUGGAACGAUGGAGGAGGCCUUGCGAAAUGAAACAACGCGCGGGUACUUCAAUUCGGCUCAAGCGUUAGCGGACUAUGCCGAAAUAUUAUUACACGUCAAGAAGGAAUUUUUAGCACAUGAUUCUCCGAUCGUUGUCUUCGGAGGAUCGUAUGGUGGAAUGCUAGCGACUUGGUUUCGCCUUAAAUACCCACACAUAGCUAUCGGCGCACUGGCUUCAUCAGCUCCAGUUUUGUACUUGGACGAUGUAGUUGAAGAUGGGUAUUUCUCCGUCGUCACCAAAGACUUCAAGGAGGCUAGCCUAAGUUGCUAUGAGAGCAUAAAGACAUCAUGGGAUGAUAUGGAUUACAUAGCGUCAUUAACGGGAGGCCUCUCCAUUUUGAGUCAGAGAUUCAACACUUGCAUGCCAUUAACAAGUGUGGACGAGUUAAAGCAAAUUUUGGUCCAUAUGUACGCGCACGCGGCUCAAUAUAACUAUCCGCAACAACAAGUGCGAAGAAUUUGCCAAGCGAUCGACGGCUUUCCCAUCGGGACUGAUUCUAUUGGCCGAAUUUCCGCCGGCUACUUAGCUAUCCACGGAGACGUUGCGUGCUUUAAUAAAGAAAUGGUCAAUUGUCAAUCGGAUGAUCAUCCAUCGGAGGUUGCAAUGGGCUGGAGUUGGCAGACAUGUAGUGAAAUGGUGAUGCCAAUUGGUAUUGGGGAAAGAGACACAAUGUUCCAAGCUUCACCUUUCAACUUGGAGAAGUUCAUCCAAAAUUGUGAGAGAUCUUAUGGUAUUCCACCUAGACCUCAUUGGAUCACAACUUACUAUGGAGCUCAUAAAAUGAAAUCGGUUCUCAAGCAAUUUGGAAGCAAUAUAAUAUUCUCAAAUGGGCUACAAGAUCCAUACAGUAGCGGAGGGGUGCUCCAAGACAUAAAUGAGAGUAUCGUUGCAGUCACUUCGGACAAUGGUUCACAUUGUGUGGACUUAGCUCCGGCAUCAAAAAACGAUCCGGAAUGGUUGAUCAUCCAAAGGGAAACAGAGAUUGAACACAUUCAAGGCUGGCUUGCAACUUAUUACAAAGGAGGGACUCUUUUGCACGCGCCAAGCACGGGACGCUCCAUAAUUAUCAUUGUAAUUGUAAUUGUAAUAUUUAUUUGA